AUGUCAAAUCCACGGGGCAAGCUCGCUCGACUGGGGUCUCGUGCUGUGCCACGCCACACCUGGAAGGCUGAAAUCGAGUGGUACAAGCAAAAUUUUCACGGAUUUCUUCAUAUCAGUCUUUUGGGACCAAUAAUUGUCAUUUUUCUCACGGCCCCAUAUGUCAUUGCUAGGCAAAACACCAUCAUUAUGGCCAUCACCUGGGGUAUAAUAGGAGGCUUUAGCAUUACGAUUGGAUAUCAUCGACUUUGGGCUCACCGAUCCUUCUCAGCAUGCCUAGGGAUACGAAUCGCACUUGCUGUGGUUGGAGCCGCCCAGAACCAAUGGCCCAUUCUGUGGUGGGUGAAACAUCACCGAGCCCACCAUAAAUAUACAGACACGGAUCAAGACCCCUACAAUGCCACAAGAGGUCUACUCUUCUCUCAUAUCGGCUGGCUACUUGGGCUUAAUGAGAAUUCCUGGGGCCCAGUAGAUGUGUCAGACUUGAAAAAGGAUCCAGUUGUCGUUUGGCAAGCUCGCUUAUACUGGCCGAUUGUUAUCACGGUUGGCAUUCUUCUACCUGGCGCUAUAGCUCAUUAUGGCUGGGGUGACUGGAAAGGUGGUAUUCUCUACGCUGGAUUGGCCCGAAUUAUCAUCACGCAACACAUCACUUUUUUGAUCAACUCAGUAGCUCAUGCCCCGUGGGCUGGGACACAACCGUACUCGGCGAGUACGACUGCACGGAAUAUCCCUCUGCUUGCUAUUUUGACACUUGGAGAAGCAAAUCACAACUUUCAUCACGUGUUUCCGGCCGACUAUAGGAAUGGAGUCAAUUGGAAUGAACCCGAUUUUUCGCGAUGGAUUAUCUGGCUAUGGGGAAGACUAGGGUGGGCAAAUGAUCUAAAUAUUGCCAGUCCAUUUGAGAUUGAACGUGCUCGAAGCAACCAGUUAAAGGGCAGAACGGAGCGACAGAGAGACAGCCAUGAGGAUAUCCAGGCCUUGUCAAAGCUACCCCAAAUAAGCUGGGAAGACUUUAGAAAGCGAUCUGAUGAUGCAAAUAACCUCACAUGCAUCAGCGGAGUUAUAUAUGAUGUUGCGGACUUUAUGGACGAUCACCCGGGCGGUCGUGACCUGAUUCAACAGUCACUUGGGAAAGAUGCGACUGAUCUUUAUCAUGGAAGUCAUCUUCACUCUUCCCAUGCGGAUGAUAUCUUGAAGGGUCUACAGGUCUUCAUUCUGGAAGAUUCUGGCCACUGA